AUGUCGUCUCACGACACACCAACCAUCUACGCAGAACUCCUCACAAACAUCCGUCAGCUCUCCAUCGCAGUGACCCUCUCCUCACCAGCAGGAGGACAAACAAGAGCCCUCAUCGCCCCCAACGGCGAGACGCUGCACAUCCACCACGCAGGCACAGAAACCUCAUUCCCGCUGCCCGGGAGAGUUCUCGCCCAGGCAGGAGCUCCCACAGCCUUACCCACACCACCACCGUCAGCAUCAUCAUCAGCCUCGCAAACGCUAUCAUGGCGUCUCCCGCUAGCAGACUCCCCAGCGGCGCGCAGCGGCGGUACCAGCCUCGCAGAUGACCCCGUCCCCUGGACGGCGCGGGACCUCCUCCCCGGCUCGGCCGUCGCGUGCAGACGCUGCGCCGCGGUCGUCGUGCCCGGCGGGAAAGCGGGGGAGUGGAAAGGCCUGCCGAGCGAGAACUGGGCGGAGAUGAUGGACUUCUGGCACUGUCAUAAGCCUAGCACGGAUCGCGAGGAUGAGCACGAGCACGGCGGCGUGAACGGAGAGGGCAAGGAGAAGGAUGACCACGAGCAUCUGACUAGGCGCGGGUACGGAGCCAACUCGUCCAUUGCCGCGCAGCCUGGCGUCGGCAUGGUAGAUUUGACGUCGUUUCUGUUUUGCGAGGCUGAUUGUGUUGGUCUCAAGAAGGAGGCCAUGUCGGCAGCAACACGCUACCAACUCAGUGAUCUGGUCACCGAUACUCCGCCCCUAUAUGAACUAUCCAAAACGUACGCCGUCGUCCCUGCCCUUGCGCAGGGGGUGCUUUCAAAAGUGCAAGACUCCGAAGCCUCUACACCCCCUCGUUUCUCUCUCCCAUCAUCAGCUGCCGCACCCCCGGCAUCCUCCAGCUCAGAAGUCCUAGCUGGAGGAGGAGCAGGAGACUCCGACUCUGAUUCUGCGUCUGAUCCCACAGAACCACCCCCUCGGAUGCUCAACAUCGCCUGCUCCGCCUGCGCCUCCCACCUAGGCUUCUUCAACGUAGCCAUCUCCUCCGUCGUUCUGCUAAAAUGGCAAGUGUCAUGCCAGACAAGCAUAUCACACCCCACAGCCGCGGCUGAGGCGACAGCACUGCCCACCAGCACAGACUGCCUAGCCGCGACCCUCAUCGCGACCCUCUCCCGCUCAGGCUCCUCCAAAUCAGUCGUCGUCCCGGCCUUCCAAUCCACCCAGAACCUGGCUUCUUCUCCCUCCGGCGAUGGCGGCGACGCCGUACCGCCUGCCCUGCACCUCUGGAUCCUCAACAGCAACAUCACCUACGCCUCCUCUUCUUUCCCCUCUUCUUCUUCUUCUUCUUCUCCUCACCAACGCGCAAAACGCGCAGCCAUGAAACUGCUAUACAAAGAAAUCUCCCAAGCCGAAGCAGACGACAUGCUCGAGUCCAUGACGUCCGACGUGCAAGAGGUCAACCUCCCUCUUCCGGCCAUCGUCGCCGCAGCGGAGGGGUUGAAGCAGAGUAGUCGGUUAUUACCACCGAGUGAGCGGGUGUUUAAAGGGUGGAAUGUGGGCUUGUUGGACAAGUGGGAGCCAGCCAGCCUUUCGUAG